UGUACAGUAAGGGGAACUUGGCAUAUAUGUUGGGAGUACUAACCUUAUAAUACAAACUAUAACAGGAUGAGAAAACAGAUAUCUUUGCACCUCCUCUUAACAUUGGUGUUUGGUCUAGUGGAAUUGACUUUAGGAGAUUUUAUGCCUUAUAAGAUUCGUUUCACGUUGGUGAAAUCCCCGACAGCUGGAAGACUUGGACCUAAAACCUCAUGUCCUGAUAGCACCCGCCAGAUUUCAUUGACGCAAUACUUGCAGACGAAGGCUGAUUUGAUUCAACUGGACAUUGAUUACAUAAGCGUCCAGUAUAUCAACAUAACAACAAAUUCUCGGACAAGGAGUGUUUUGAUAACCCCGGGUGGAGGGCCAUGUUACCAGGAUCUGGCAAGUCCUGCAGAUGUCAUUCCUUCAUCGAAAAUCCACGGCUCCUGUAAAGGACUGAAAAACACCGAUAAUAUUAACACCGAGGUCUUUAUGGAGAAAAAGACAUUUAAAGAGUCAUGUCGUCUGAAAAUUUCACGUGAGUGUAACCAGACUCUAUAUGAUGCUCAUUGUGUUCCCUGUAAUAGCGGUUGCUCUGAUGACUGUUACGUGGUGAGUGGGACCUGUAAAGGAGAGUACAUCUGUGAGGAACCUUUUACAGAUCUAUUCUGUAACACAACUUGUGAAGAAGACAGAUACGGACCCUCUUGUAGCGAGACGUGUAGCCCGAAUUGUAAGACCCAGUCUCAGCCUGGGGACCGCAACUGUUCGCAGUCAGACGGGACCUGUCUGUUAGGUUGUAUCCCAGGCUGGCAAGGGAACAAAUGCGACAAAAUUUGUUCACCCGGUACAUACGGAGAUGGGUGUAAAGGUACAUGCGUUGGGAAUUGCCUUGAAGGGGACACUUGUUCUCACAUCAAUGGUACCUGUCCCCGGGGGUGUGAUAAAGGAUGGGAAAAUAUCCAUCCUUGUGAUAAAUCUUGUGCAGACAACACGUACGGUGUCGGCUGCUCCCAGACAUGUAGUACAGGAUGUGUCGACGGCGAAUGUGAUCGAAGAAAUGGCACGUGUCUGAAGGGAUGUCUAGAAGGAUAUAGGGGACCUCAAUGUUCAAAAUGCCCAAAAGGUACAUAUGGGAAGAAUUGUGCUUUUAACUGCGGAGAAUUCUGUGGAAAUGGGACCUGUGACGCCGUAACCGGAACUUGUUCUCUGGGACAAUGUGCUAGAGGGUGGAGUGGUCCCAAGUGUAAUGUUGAUACCUGUUUGUAUAAAUUUGAGAAGAGAUGGUGGGAUUUCUUCACAUUCCUGGUGGGUUGUGGGAUCGGGAUCGGAGUCGCUGGCAUUCUCAUGAUUGUUGUGUUUAUCAUCUACAAAUUCCGAUGUCAGACAACUUCUAGGCCAAUGAAUCGUACCGAUCGUACAAACGCCAGACAAGAUGAGCAAAUGGAACUGUCCCAAAGCUACAAGCUCUAACAUCCCCCUCCUUAAUUUCCAGGUUGAUGAGAAAUCGCAGAAAGACGAGGUUUAUCAGUGGACCCGAGCAGGCAGUCACAGGUGGCGCUGUACAGUUGAAUGUUUUCAAAUAGUUACAUACACUGUAGCAUUCCUGAGCUGGUCCUUUAAGUCACCAAUAAUAGAAACUAAAAUAACUUAAUAGCUUAAUUAAUCCAGCAGAGAUAACGGUGCAUUAUUAUGGUAAGCUAGCAACUCAUUGUAAAGGUAUAUCAAAUGGAAUCCGGUAGUAAUGACCAGCUAUUCAAAAAUUGAUAAGAAUUGGUGGUCAAAGUUUUCCAACAUCCACCAUUAUGAAUAGUGCCUGUAUGUACUACAAAUGAAUAGUACUGCAAAUUUAUCACCACUAUUGUGACUUAUUACAGGUGUUCACGGUGUUGUGCUUUUAUGCAAAAUGCAAUCAUGUUAAACAUCAACACCUGUGCACUGAUAGUUAAAUUGUUGUUCAUUGCCUACCGGUAUUUUGUUUUAAAAUCAAUGCAUGACAAUAAAUCAAAAUCAAUUACUUAGUCAAAAUACAUUCUAAAUAGUUCUACAUAGAUUUUUAUAUACAUGUAGCAUUUAACAAAUUGUUUUUAUUUGUUAAAUAACUACAAGUAGUAAGUAGAUACGUUUGUAAUGACAGAUGCAGUGUAUGCUGUCCAUUGUGAAGUAAAUUUAUUGUGUUUUCAUAAUGAUUUUACGCUUGCUAAAUCACUAGUCUUUUAAAUAGUAAAUAAUGUUUUUAAUUAUUUGACAUCUUUAUACAUUAAAAAAAAUUGUUAUAACAGUGGAUUGAAUCUCAUAUAUCUUCAAUUUUAACCGCCAUUGUUCAAA